CCCCCCCCCUCUCUCUUUUCCCCAAUUUUCCAAUUUAAAAUCCCCACACACUGCGCAGUAGUUUCUUCUUCGCAAUAGAAAAUUCCCAUUACAUUGCAUAAUUACAUUCAUGGUUUCCUUAGCCUCGUCUCCUCCUCUCCCCUCCUCCUCUCGCCUCCGCCUCCGCUGCUGCGAAGACACCCUCGGCCUCCGCCGCCGCCGACCCCCGCUCUCCGCCGCCGCCGUCGCCGCGGAGUUGCAGCUGCUGGAGCGAUCGGCGGCGGCGCUCUCGGCGGCGGCGGCGGCGAUGGCGCCGGCGCCGCCGAGGCCGCGGCGGAUCGUGCUGGUGCGGCACGGGCAGAGCGAGGGGAACGUCGACGAGGCGGCGUACGCGCGCGUCCCGGACCCGCGCAUCGGGCUCACGGCCCAGGGCUGGCGCGACGCCGACGAGUGCGGCCGCCGCAUCCGCCGCCUCGUCGAGAGCGGCGGCGCCGGCGACGAUUGGAGGGUCUACUUCUACGUCUCCCCCUACCGCCGCACGCUCGAGACGCUCUGCGGCAUCGGCCGCUCCUUCGAGCCCCUGCGCAUCGCCGGCAUCCGCGAGGAGCCCCGCCUCCGCGAGCAGGACUUCGGAAAUUUUCAAGACAGGGAGAAGAUGCGAGUCGAGAAAGAAACCCGGCUCAGCGAAGUGGUCGUUUUUUUUAAGCCGUUUUCCCAAAUGGAGAAUCGGCUGCUGACGUAUAUCGACCAGAUAACAGGUGGUACAAGUUGGACCGGGAGCAGUUCGAGGGUUGAAAUAAUCUUCCGCAUAUGGUGGAAUGUUGGUUAUGCAAACAGGGAAUGGCGGCAGCUACAGCCCCUUCUUGUGCAUCAUACCGUCGAGGAGCUUAGAGCAUUUGUUUCACUGAAGAAAUGUUAUAAGAUCAAGAUGUUG